CUGCUGUUUUCCUGUCCCCGUUCAGCGACGAUGGCUCUGAGAGCGAGGCCUCCGUGUCCAACAAGUUUGUGAACGAUGGGAGCUUCCUGCAGCAAUUCCUGAAGCUCCAGAGGGAAAAAUCCAAUGCUGAAAGUGCCCCAAAUGCCCCCAACAACACCGGGAAUGCCCCGGCCCCAAACCCCGGGAAGAAGCCGGCGCUGCUGGGGAAGCGGCCGGGGCAGGCGCUGAGCCGGAUGCUGCAGGCCCGGAGCCUCUGCCAGCCCAAACCCAGCCCCGUCCUCAGCCGCCUCAGCGUCUUCCAGGGCCCCGACGAGGAGGAGGAGGAGGAUUACGAGCAGUGGUUGGAGAUCAAAGAGGACUCGGAGACGCGGCAGGUGGUGGAAAAGCUGGCCAGGUUCGUGGCUGAGGGCGGCCCCGAGCUCGAGAAGGUCGCCAUGGAGGACUACAAGGACAAUCCUGCUUUUGGGUUUUUGCAUGAUAAGAACAGCAGAGAAUUCCUUUACUACAGGAAGAAAGUGGCAGAAAUAAGGAAAGAAAAUCAAAAUUCCCAGGCAGCCUCUUCCCAAAAAGUUUCCCCCCCAGCCGACCAGGAGACGCGGAACUCGGCCGAGAAGCUGGCGCAGUUCGUGGCUGCAGGGGGGCCCGAGGUGGAGGCCAUUGCCCUGCAGAACAACAGGGAGAACCCUGCCUUCAGGUUCCUGUACGAGCCCCACAGCAGAGGGCACCGCUACUACCGCCAGAAGCUGGAGGAGUUCCGCCGGGCCCGGGCUGCCCCCGGGGGCUCCCCUUUUCCCGGGAAUUCUCCUUUUCCCUCCGGAGAAUCCGGCCUCAAACGGAAAAGCAGCCCCGAGGCUUCUCCCUCCCCUCUGUGCUUCCCCCCUCUCCCGGUUCCCUCCCCUCUCCCUCUCCCCAUUCCCGUCCUGCCUCCUCUGCCUCUCCCCGUUCCCUCUCCCGUUGUUCCCGCCGCUCUUCCCGUUCCUUCGGCCUCUCCUGCCCCCUCCUCAUCCUCCACCUCCCCUCCGGAUCAGCUGGCCCCAAGCCCGGCCCCAGUCCCCAAUCCAGCCGUGACCCCAAAUCCAGCUGCAAUCCCAAAUCUUGCCACGACCCCGAAUCCGUCCGUGACCCCAAAUCCCGCUCCGGGCAGCACCAAAAAGAAGAGGAAGAGCCGGUGGGGGCCGGAGGAGGAAAAGGUGGAAUUGCCUCUCCCCCAGCUGGUGCAGCAGCUGGAUUCUCCCUCUCCCCUCUCAGGUGAGUGGGAUUGGCUUUUCCUGGGAAUUUCGUGGCUCCAGACUCAUUUUUUAUUUCCUGGAUCAAGUUUUCUGCUGUCAAUCCCAUUUUUUCCCCUGUGGUUUUAUUUUCCCUUCGCUCC